UUCGAUAUCCCUUCUUCUUUAUUCUGAAUACCCCUUCUUUAAACAGAUUACAAACCUCGCGAGUAGGCUUUAUUUGCACAAGUAAAGCCCAUUUAUAAAAAGAGAGAAAAAGGCCCAAAAAGGCAAGUACUUGGUCUCUUCUUCCGACCAAACUCUGGUACUUGCUGCUGUGAUUCUCUGUUAAAAGAAUCUAAAACACACACAAAAUAUCUGGAGAAAAUUUAGAGAGAGAGAGAGAGAGAGAGAAAGGUCAUGGGAAACAGAGAGCAAGUAGCUGAGCUGAUAGCAUCGCUGGAGCAAGCAACACUCAUGUCUCAUCAAAUCGGAACCGCCGUGGAACGAAACCAGCUCCUUCAAAUCUCCUCCUCUCUCCGCACAGCCCACCACCGCCUCUCCACCUUGCUCCUGUCCACCGUUCCAUCGCCGGCAUCUGAUAACUCUGUCUCCUCCGUCGCUCCGAUGCAAUUAGGGGAGGGCGAGGCUGAAGCGAUGGAAGAUGAGAGAGACUCGGCGGUGGAGAAGGUGGAGGAGAAGAUGAGAGAGUGUUUUAUAAGGAACAAGAGAGCCAAGAAGCGGCCACUGUCUCCGUCGUCUGCGGUGGUGGAGACUUCGGCGACAGAAGAGAGGAGUAGCCGUGAUUAUUAUGGGCAGUUCGAUUUGGACCCAAAUGCCUCCAAGUUGAGAGCUUUGGAUCUUAUCUACCAAUUCCAUGGAUGAUAGUAGAUUAAUCUCACUGUAGACAUUUUUUUUUAAUUCAAGGUUGAGAUUUGAGAAGCUUUCGUGAUUGUAAAAAGACACUUAUCACUUUGGGAAUUACAAAUAAACAAUUUUACAUUGCA